AUGCUGUCGCUGCCGCUCAUAAUCCCACGCGACGACCACACCAUAUGGCAGUCGACAGCGGCGCAAGCGCGCCUGCGCCCGCCCUCGCCGGCCUCGGACCAGCAACAACAACAACUACUACAACAGCAGCAGCAACAUGACGCACUAGGGGGGCGCAACGCGAGCAUGGGGAGCGGACGCCGCAGCGGCGGCGGUGGCUCGGCGCUGGCGGCGCUCGCGCACGACGAAAACACCAUCGAGCAGCGCAAGCUCAACGUGCGCCGCUUCGGGGCAGGGUGGAUCCGGCCGCCGGGCGUGGCCAAGACGUUCCAGGCCGCCAUGGACGAGGCCGCCGAGCGCGAGGAGCAGGAGGCGCUGGCGCGGCGCGAGCAGGCGCUCAUGGAGCUGGCGAGCGCGCAGGAGCAGGAGGAGGAGGAGCGCCGGCGCCGCGAAAUGAUUGAGCGCGGCAUGGCGGAGGAGGAAGAGGGAGAGGGUGCCGUCGAUCUGGACGCUGAUGUCCCGGAUUUGGAUGACGAUCGGGAGAAUGAGGCCGAGGAUGAGACGUUUGAUGAUGAUGAUGAUGAUGAUGAUGAGGUGGAGAGCGAGGUCGAGGAUCUGGACGCCGAUGUCCCCGAGGGGAGUCUGGGGGCCGCGAGCUCAGAGGCCGAGGACGAAGAAGGCGUCUCUGGCUCGGUUGAAGGCGACCUCGACGCCGACGUGCCCGAGGGCAGUCUCGGCGGCGGCAGUGGCUCCGAAGAGGAAGAGCAAGAAGAAGAUGAUGACGAUGACGAAGACGAAGAAGAAGAAGAAGAAGAAGCCUCCGACGACGACGACAUCGAAGAUGUCUCCUCGCCCGCCUCCGUCUCGGCUGCCGCCUCGCCCACCGCCGACGUCACGUUCAACGAAGAAAGCAUCUACGCCGACGCCUCGCUGCUCGGGCCCGACGAAAACGACGAAAACGACGCGCACCAGCACUCGCCACGGCCGGGCCAGCACCGCCUGCUACAACAACAGCAUCAACAUCAACACCUGCACCACUACCAAAACCACAACCAGCACAACCAACUUCACCAGCACCACCAGCAACAACAGCAACACGACGCGGCCGAAGCCGCCUCGGCCGCCUGGGUCGUCGCGCGCGCAGAGGCCGAACUCGCCGGCGACCUCCAGGACGAGCGCGACCUCCUCGACGAGUCCACCGACUUGCUCGACGCCGACGCCCCGGAGCCAGGGGAGUACGAGCACACGGACACGGAGCUGGAAGACGACUCUACCGCCGCGGACCUCGAGCUCUCGUCCCUCUCACACAGUGGGCGCCUGAGCGGCAGCUUCGCGAGCUUUGGCCGCGCGGGCGUGGGCGUUGGUGCUGCUCCUAGUCUUGGUGCUGGUGCACCAUCCAGGCGCCGGUCCAGCCGCCUCAGCAGCGCGGCCGCAAGACUGAGCGCCGCGGCGGGCUCGGGCGGCCUGUUUAGCCCUGCUGCUGGUGCUACGGGUGGCGGGCGAAACGAACUCAACCCCUUCGUCAGCGGGCCCGGCGCGCGGCGCGCAGGCAACCUGUUUGCUGCUGCUGCGGCGGCGGCGUCCGCGCGUGGUGGCAACAACAACAACAACAAUAACGGUGGCAGUGGCAGCGGCAUCAGCGCGCUGACCCUGCAUCGGCGGCCCUAUGGGCAUGGGCAGGGGCAGGGGCAGGGGCGGGGGCAACGGGCGUCGCGCGCCAGCCUGCUGAGCGAGGACCAGAGCUCGCUGCUGCUGGUGGAUGCGUCGUCUUCGUCGCUGCUGCUCGGGGCGGGGGAUAAUAGCCCUGCGGCGGGGAGGGGGCAGGGGCAGGCGCGGGGGCGGGGGCUUGCGAGGGAUAGUCCGUCGUGGAUGCAGCCGCCGGUGAGGAGGGGUGCGGGGAGGAGGUGA